CCCGCCCGGGCAGCGCAGGGGUGGAGACCCGGACUUGGACUGGCGGGCUCAGCAGGAGGAUCAGCCGGGAGUGGCCCCAGCGCAGCUCGCCAGGUUCUUUCCCGAAUGUCAGCGCCGCCCAUGGCUGAGGAGGCAGAGCCAGAUCUCCAGGCUGCAGAGGGCUCGGGCUCGGACUAUGGCUCCGGCUUGGAGGCCCAAGUGGAGACGCCGGACUGGAAAGUCCCGGAAGACACGAACUCCCAGCCCGGAAGUUAUGAGAUCCGUCACUAUGGACCAGCCAAGUGGGUCAGCACUUCCGUUGAGUCUAUGGACUGGGAUUCAGCCAUACAGACUGGCUUUACAAGAUUGAACAGCUAUGUUCAAGGAAAAAACGAGAAAGAGAUGAAAAUAAAGAUGACAGCUCCAGUGACAAGUUAUGUGGAACCUGGUACAGGUCCUUUUAGCCAGUCUACCAUUACCAUUUCCCUGUAUAUCCCUUCUGAACAGCAAUCUGAUCCACCCAGGCCUUCAGAGUCAGAUGUCUUCAUUGAAGACAGAGCUGAAAUGACUGUGUUUGUACGGUCUUUUGAUGGAUUCUCUAGUGCACAAAAGAAUCAAGAACAACUUUUGACGUUAGCAAGUAUUUUGAGGGAAGAUGGAAAAAAUUUUGAUGAAAAAGUCUACUACACUGCAGGCUACAAUAGUCCUUUCAAAUUGCUUAAUCAAAAUAAUGAAGUGUGGUUGAUUCAGAAAAAUGAACCUUCCAAAGAAAAUGAAUGAGAAAAUGAAAGAAAGUUCCACUGCGAGGAGCAAGACUUCUAUUAAUAUUUAAUCUACGCAAAAACACUACUUAUAAAUAAAAUGUGUCUAGUAUUUCUUCCUAAGAGUACUACCAUGGAUUAAAUUUAUUUCCAAUGUG